GAACGACAACGUAUGAGGGGAGGGUGUCUGUUGGGCGGAAUCGAGAACCAACAAUGGCUGACGCAGGUCAAGCCGUUCGCGUCCAGGAAGAAGCAGGUAAAGCAUCAAUGCGGCACACGCGUAUUCGCGGGAUCCAACGGGGUUGGCGUGCGGCCUGGAUGGGUCGAGGGUGCAGCCGCAACCCGAUUGCUUGCCCCUGGAGACCGGCAGCAGGGGUCUGAGACGUGGACCAGACAAGCAGCAUUCGCGUCGGAUUCCCGAAGCGAACUUGGCUGCCCGUGCUCUGUCUGGCCAAUCAGCGGUGGGCAGGGCGUCCGAAGGUGUCGAGGAGAUGUUGGCGUCUGGUCUUUUGACUGGAAACCGCUCACGAACAGAGCAGAAGAAGAGAAAGCAGCAAAAAAAAGAUGGGCUGCUAGAGCAGUCUGGGAAAUGCAGAGUCGAAAGCAACAAAGCCCAAGCCAGGCUGUUGGCUGGUGA